AUGUUAUUCAAUAUAUUACUAACAGUUUCUGAUGCCUUGGAAACAAAACCAAUCAAUGAACAGCCGAAUUCUUGGAGAAAUAGUAUUUUUUCUGUUCUCGAUUCAUCACAUCUAUCAACAUUCAUAUUGGCUAUUGCUCUCAUUGUCUAUGGAAGCUUUCGAGCAUUAGAUCACGAUAAAGCAAAAGAUUUUGCAUCUUCUUAUAAACUUCUAUUUGAACCGUCGGCAAAUGAACAAGUUUCACCUGCAAAUGUUAUUGAAACAAUCCAUGCUAUUGUAUUUCCUUUAGGUGCAUCUUUAUCAUUAAUGAUUAUGUUCUUUUAUUUUGAUUCACUUCAAACGGUAUUUAUUAUUUGUACGGCAAUAUUGUCAAUUAUGGGUUUUUCUUAUCUUUUAACACCCUGUUGUCAAAUGAUACUUCGUCCAUGUUCUAAUAAUACAAAAAUAUCUUUUGGUAUAUUUGGUCGUCAUACAUUAUCGGAAAUAGUUGCAUUCAGUUUAUCAAUAGCUCUUGUUUUAAUAUGGAUUAUAACUGGACAUUGGUUUUUUAUGGAUGUUAUAGCAACAGGGUUGUGUAUAUCAUUCAUAGCUCUUGUUCGUUUACCUAAUUUAAAAGUAUCAGCACUAUUAUUACUAGGUCUUGUAAUAUAUGAUGUCUUUUGGGUAUAUUUUUCUCACUAUAUAUUUACAACAAAUGUUAUGGUACGAGUAGCAACUAAAGAAGCAGAAAAUCCGUUAACAACUAUUGCAAGAAUGUUUAAUUUUAAUCGUUAUCAUGCACCAAAACUUUCAUUACCUGGCAAAAUUGUUUUUCCUAGUAUGCAACAACAAGGUCGAUUUUCAUUACUUGGCCUCGGAGAUAUAAUUAUGCCGGGACUUGUUCUUUGUUUUGUUCUUCGUUUUGAAUCUCAAAAACGAAUUCAUAGUUUACAUAAUAAUGAUCCAUUAUCGUUUAUCAAUCGUUUAACCUACUUUCAAUGUUGUCUAUUGGGUUAUUGUGCUGGCUUACUAGCAGCAACUAUUUCAUCGGAAGUAUUUAAAUGUGCUCAACCAGCACUUCUAUUUCUUGUGCCAUUUACAUUAUUACCAUUACUAUUAAUCGCUCAUUUAAAGGGUGAUCUUCAUUCAAUGUGGUCGGAUCCAUUCGCUGAGAAUAACGAAACUUCAUCUACUUCGUGCAAAUUAUUGGACGUUUAG